CGCUCUUAUUCGAUUAAAGUCAUUGUGAAUUCAUUCAGAUGGAAGCUAGCUUGGUUUGAGACAGUUAUUUGGCAAGUAUAUGCCGCGUAACCACGUUCUGUACAAUGGGUGAUGAAAGUUAGAUAUCGUCAAUGAACAGAGGGUAUACAUCAUCGUUAUGAGUUCUUUGUUAAGAUUAAGAAAGAGAAAAGAGGGUUCAUUAGGACCUGGAGGGUCAGAAUACGAGGAUUCUGGUGACCUGACUUCAGAUGACGGAAAGCUCGAACAUCGCCUAAGUUCUUCCAGUCUGACCUCCGCCUCCUCAGAGAGUGACUCAGAGUCCCCGUCCCCCACGCAGCUUCGGAGGGAAAGAAGACCAGCCAUAUUUGAUACAAAGAAUGUGGGCGACCUGAUCUGCCGCUCUACGGAAUUGACGCCUUCCACUUCCAUAGACGAGGAGCCAGAUCUGCUCAAAGGGAUGAUAAGCUUAAAGCGUCGAGAUUCCGUGGACCUCGAGACGACCACAUACCAAGCAGACCGUGCCCUGAGGGACCGGAGGAAGAAACUCGUCAAAAGGAAUACUAUAGCUGAUUUCUAUAAACAUGAUCCUAAUCUAGAUCCUAAUGGAACUGAGUACAGAAGAGGCAGACAGACCUUUCCGUUUUCAUUCAAUAAACUAAUCCGCGCCAGAAGUAAAGAUGAAAUAACGAAGCUGAGCGAGGCUCUCGCUACACUUACUCCGUCAAAAUUCUCAGACAAUGAUCUCUCAGGGUACAAGUCUUUCCAUUGGUCUGACCUGAUUGCAAGGACAGAAAACGAUGAAAAACCCCUGAAACUGCCCGAUAUAGAAAGGAAAAGAAGAGAGGCAAUAUGGGAACUCUUUACAAGCGAAUGUGUAUUUCUUAUAGAUCAUCUCAUGGUCCUGAAACACUGCUUCAUGGAACCUUUAAAAAGGCUUCAAGUUGACGAUCAUUUAAUGUUUGCAGAGCCUAAUGAAAUUUUCAGUAAUCUGGACGAACUGUGUUACGUAAGCUACACAUUUUGUAAGGAACUCAUCACUGUAUUAUUACGAAGCAUGAAAUCGGAGGAGAUCUGGCCAGCAUCAUCUCUGGUUGAAGCAUUAGAUAAGUUCUCUAAACUAUCUGAUGAUGGUAAUGUCUAUCACACAUACUGCAUCUCAUAUUCCAAGUGCUUAGAGUAUGUAGAGAAACUUAGGAAAAACGAGAAUUUUGUGGAGUUUGAAAAGUGGUGUUCUCUGGAUCCUCGAUGUCGAAGGUUACAGUUAAAUGACUUCUUGGUGGCUCCGAUGCAGCAUUGCACAAAACUUCCUCUGCUCCUGGCCAACAUAAGGAAAUACACGUCAUCGGAUUAUGAUAAAAGUAUUCUGGCAUUGACUAUCGGCAAAGUAGAGAUAUCCCUGCAGUGCUUGGAUGAAAAAAUGAGGAGAGAACGGAACACACAACGUUUACAAGAACUCCGACAACAGAUAAUGUGGCCCAUUGUAACAGAUCUAGAUCCCCGUACAUACAUUCCAGAGUGUUUACGAUCAUCGUUCUCAUCACAACCCUGUUCCUCACUUCUUUCCUGUCCACAUCGGCUCCUUCUCCACGAGGGACAACUUACUUUAAUUCAAACAACGAAAAAUGUAGAUGUUUAUCUCUUUUUAUUUGAUGACCUGCUAUUAAUUACAAAAACCAAACGAGGAAGAAAGAAACCGUCUGAUCUUGGUCAAACAGACAAUAAAUCCUUCUACGUUGUGUAUAGACAACCUAUUGAACUAAGAUGUCUAAAAAUUCAUGACGUGGACACAUACGACACCUCAGGUAGUAAUAUAAAGAAUGCUUUAGUUUUGGUACAAGUGAGUACAUUGCAACAAGUCAUAGGAUUAUACACUCUCCAGUGCCCCUCAGAAUUUACAAAGGAUAUGUGGAUAUCAAAAUUAAAUGACGCUAAAUCAAAAUGCUACCUGGUGAGAAAAGAUCCAUGUCUGGAGAUCGCGACGUCAGAUCCUGUUCCGGCCAAAGAUCAGUCACCCAAAACGAGGCGACGAAUACGCAUGCUCAGGAAUCACAAAAAGAAAUCCAUUUCCAUGGACACAUUAUUUACAUGUAGUGAAUAGCAUGCUCAUUGCUUCAAUAUCAAUAAUUUACAAUGAAACUGGACUUUGACAACAGCGACUAUCAGUAAAUUUAAAAUAUGAAAGCUUCGAUAUCUUCAGCGUUCAGUUAUACCUCAAUCCAAAUAUGCAUAAUUUCACGAUGUUCUCAUUAAAUUCACCUCACCCCACCCCAAAAAAUAAAUAAAUAGAAUUCUUAUCCUAGAGAAGAUGUUAAGAUACUUGUGCCAUGAACAGGGUUGAUAAAACGUUCACGAAAACGUAGCCGUUAUUUGAUCGUUUUCGUAGUCAAUGUCGUACGCAGAUUUAAUUUCACCCUAAAAGUCCAGUUUGUUGCCAAAUUUUCGAAUAUACAGGUACCGAUCUAAAAAUACCUAGAUAAUUUAACAACAACAAAGCAAUGUGUUACUUUUAAGUUAGUCCAUUGUAUUAAAAUCAUCACAUGUACGUCUUUCUUCGAUUUAAUACUCAAACGAAAUAUAUUAAUCUUAUCGCAUUUUUUUUAAAUGAAGAAAUGAUUUCCUCUUUGUUUGAACCUAAAAAAUAUUGAUUAUUGAUACCCGCAGGCUUUGUCUGGCUAAUAGCUCACUGUGAUAUAAAAGUAUAAUAUCAUGUUCAAUGUUCUUACCUACAAUUAUGAAAUGACACAAUCAUUUCAAUUGAAACUCGUUAAACCUACAUACUAAAUAUAUCAAUACAUUAACAUUUAAUUCAGAUUUCUGCGAUGCUUAUUUUUUUCAGAAAUUUAAAUAUUUUUUAUUAUAUCUUAUUUAAUGUUAUUGUUUGUCGUCUUUUAUUAUCCUUAAUGUCUAUCAUUGUUGUACUGAAUCUUUCUGUAUGUUUUGAUG